CGCUUUUUGACAAUUGCGCAUGCGCAUUGUUAUUAUUAUUAUUGCAAAAUUAAAGGUAAAUGAUUACAAUCAAAAUCAAAAUUAAAUUAAAAUGUUCAAUGAUUUCACAAUAAAGACUGAGGACAUUUUCAAUUAGAAAAUAAUGUUAGAUGUUUGAAUGAAAACUGGAAGAAAUUUGUUGUACUACAAUGAAAAAGAAACGACUGUUUGUUUGAGUGAACAAAUUCGAAUUAGUUUCAAAUGGCUGAUAUUAGUUGGUAUCAAUCAGAUGAAAAAUUCACAUUACCAUAUUGUUGCUACAACUCAAGAAUAAUGGACAAAAAAGAAAUCUGUUUGCGUUCCUUAGCUGAUGUACAAUUAAGAUUUUUAUGUCCAAACGAUUUAGACGAAGUCAGAGCGCUUUGCCAGGACUGGUUUCCUAUUGAAUACCCAUUUUAUUGGUACGAGGAAAUCACUUCUAGCAAUAGUCGUUUUUACUCACUGGCUGCCGUUUACAAUCAACAAAUAAUAGGCCUGAUUGUAGCAGAAAUUAAACCCUAUUCGUGUCUGAACGAAGAAGAUGCGGGCAUUUUAGCGAAAUCGUUUAGCAGUUGUGAUGUAGCCUACAUUUUAUCAUUAGGAGUGAUGAAGGAAUAUCGUAGAAAUGGGAUAGCUACUUUAUUAUUGGAUUCUUUAUUGAAAAAUUUGACGACACCCGAGAGAAGAAAAGUGAAAGCGGUUUUUUUGCACGUGCUCACUACCAAUUCGGCUGCCAUAGUGUUUUAUGAAAGGAGAAAAUUUAGACUACACAACUUUUUACCAUAUUAUUAUUCAAUUCAGGGUAAAUGCAAAGAUGGAUUUAUGUAUGUACUUUACAUAAACGAAGGACAUCCACCUUGGACUAUAUACGAUUACCUAAAAUGUAUGUGCGGAAAAGUAAUGGAAAGUGCAGAGUUCUUUCCUUGGGUGCUUUCUAACAUCAAUAAAGCUUUAGGAUGGUUGUGGGGCGGCGUCCAGCAUCAACGACAAGAAUCAACAACGACGCAGGCAGAUCACUCAUCACAAACCUAGUAAAGAAUUUAUCCUUAUAUGUAGUAUAGGGAGUUUUGAACAACAAAUUUUGUGUUUUAACUCACGAGGAAAACGUCUUGUAUGUACAGGGUGGGCCAAUUUGGACACUUUCUUAUGGAAACACCCUUUAUUUUUAGAGAUAGAAAAAAAUGAACCCCCCACUCUGAGGCUCAAAUUUCAUGAAAUUUUGAUUGGUGCAAACCGCAUUUUGAUAUCUUUAACCGUUUAGCCGCUAGAGGGCGAUUCUCGAUUUUUAGCAAUACUGUGAAACCUUCAUAACUUUUUUAUUUAUGAAAAUAAUUCAUUUCUGUAAAGACUUUCUGGAAGCACUUUUUUAAGUGGAAUUCAGUGACGUUCUCAGUUUUUUUCUAUUUAGCUCCGAUUCCGAGAUAUUGACCAAAAUCCGAUUUUUUUCAAUAGGACAUCCUAUAUAUUAAUAGCUCAUUGAAAAGCUCUGCUUUUGCUGAUUUCAAUGAUAUAAAAUUCAAUACGUUUAUCUCCAACGGUUUCCGAGAAAAAAAUUAUUUCGAUUUUUGUCAUAAGACACAAUGUGUUGGAAAAGGUCUUUAUAUCUGUAAGGAAAACGAGAAAGGUCAGCAGAGUUUUCCAAUAAGCUAUUAAUAUAUAGGGUGUUCUAUUGAAAAAAAUCGAAUUUUGAUCAAUAUCUCGAAAUCCGAGUCAAUUAGAAAAAAACUGAGAACGUCACUGAAUUCAUCUUAAAAAAGUGCCUCUAGGAAGUCUUUACGGAAAUCAAUUAUUUUCAUAAACAAAAAAGUUAUGAAGGUUUCACAGUAUUGCUCAAAAUCGAGAAACGCCCUCUAGCGGCUAAACGGUUGAAGAUAUCAAAAUGCGGUUUGCACCAAUCAAAAUUUCAUGAAAUUUGAGCCUCAGAGUGGGUGGUUCAUUUUUUUCUAUCUCUAAAAAUAAAGGGUGUUUCCAUAAGAAAGUGUCCAAUUUGGACCACCCUGUACAGGCAAAUAUAAUUUUUAAUAAAAACAUUUUGAUUACCUUCUGUUCAGGUUAGUAUAUGCCUUUGUUCAAUCUAUCAAAAUUUAGCCAAUUACCAUUACUUGCAAUAAGAACAAAGGCCUAUACCUAGACUAAGAGCCUUUGUUACCUAGCAUUAUCAAAUACAUCACAGACUUUUUUCAACAAAUAUUAUUUUACACCAAAAACUUUACCAAUUGCUUUAAUUUUUUUUUUCUGUUUUACAAAUUGAUAAAUAAAUAAUUGUUUAAUUUACCCAAAGUGAUAUAAUAUAUAUUUUAUGUUAAUUAUUAUUUUGUUAUUUAGUUAUAUUUAUUAGUUCUAUAUUAUGUUGUAUAUCUUGGAAAUAAAGAAGCUUUCUAGUAAUGAAUAUUUUUCUAAAUGUCCACUCUAGUUGAAGGCAUAAAAUAAAAGUAAACUUUUUUUUUUCAACAAUUAAAAUCAUAUAUUCAAUUCAACCAUCAUAAAAUACAUUUUUUCAAAAAGUCAAAAGAUUAUUCGACAUCAGAAUUACCAUUAUCGGAAUUAUUGGCAUCAGAUCUAUUGCAAUAAACCGAAUCGAUCCUCAGAUUGCUAAUCAGUUCGACGGUGGCUUGUAAGUCUUGCUCGUUACGACUCGGAGAUUCUCGGCCACUUGUAGGACUUUGAGGGGUAUUUGACGGCGUUGUUGGAGUCAGAUGAUCGUUGUCACUACGACCUUCUGUUGGACUUGAAGGUCUUAUUUCUGGCUGUUGUAAUUGGGGGUUGUGCGAUCUGAUUCCAGCAACACCUAGAUUUGAAAAUAUAGAAUAAGAUAAACUACUGGCUGUAUACCAUGUUUACCUUUUUUAGAUAUAGUUGAAACAUCCCUUUUAAUUUGUCUUCGUCUUGAAGGAUCGUUCCUUCUCAACUGUAGCAUAUUUUCAAAGUCGACGAUAUACAAAAAUCCAGCAAUCAAUAGUUCGACACUUUUAUCCCCAUUUUUGUAUGAAUUUUCCAAUUCCUUGCUAGUGCGUUCGUCGUACUGCCACCAACCUGAAACGAGAUUGAUUUUUUUUCGACAAACAUAUUUUGUAUUUAAGUUGUAUCUCACCUGUUACAAUGGAAUAUUUUUUUUUAUGGGAAUGAUUAAAUUUGGAACAAACUUAGAAAUUUAUUGACUAUAAAAAAAUAAAAACCCAUACUAUUAGGCACCAUGAAAAUAAAUUGUGAUCAACACAUUAUGAGCAUUUUAAAUCUGUUACCUAAAACUACAUAGAACAAAUAAUAAUAGUUAGGGCAAAGUAUCGAAAUUGUUUGUCAAAUUAUAAAAUAAAAUACAAAGACUCAAUAUCAAGGGCAAUGAAACUUAGUUUAGCUUUAUGGAUCUAAUAAAUACCCCUAAACAAAAAAAUGUCUUUGUAUUUUACAAAAACAAGGCAAAAGAUCCACCAAAGUUGUUGAGAAAAAACACUUCAGGUGGAAUGAAAGACCAUAGAACGACAUUGUUUUAGACUUAUACUAGUUUUCUGAUAAUCAUUUCUAUAUUUUCUUUGACGUUUAGUUUCGUUUUUGUUCAAAUAAAUCAUGGCUACUUAUAAUACAAAAUAGGAAUGUCAACUUUUUGGAUUAUUUCAGACCAGCAACACCCUUAACAAUCAAAUUAUCUCGCCUGUCUCUUUUAAUCGCUCUCGUCCUACUAGGAGACCUUUUAGAAUACUGAACAAGGUUCUUAAAGUCAACGACAUACAAUUCACCACAAAUAAUCAUCUCAAACUGAUCUAAAUCUAAUUUAAAUGCCUCCUCGAUUUCUUCUGUGCACCUACUGUCAUACUUCCACCAACCUAAAUUAUUCAUACAAAUAGAAGUGUUUUGAAACAGUCAAAAAAAAACCACUCACCAUUUCGACCUUCAUAAAACCAUUGGUAGCCUCCGUCGAAAUUCUCCUCAACGGUUUCUACAGGUUGUAGUAGGUGAGGCUGCUCGAAAAAGUCCCUGGGGAUUUCUUGUCUACACAUGGCGCAACGUUUACUUUGAUUGGCGAAGCCUUUGACGCAUAAAUAACAGAAAAUGUGGCCGCAAGGCAGUUGGGCUGGAUGGACAUAGGGUUGGAGACAUACUGGACAUUCUGGAC